AACAGUUACCCCUCCAUGGCGGAUCCUUACCUGUCCAGCUACUACCCACCGUCCAUCGGAUUUCCUUACUCCCUCAAUGAGGCGCCCUGGUCCACUGGAGGGGACCCUCCGAUCCCGUACCUCACCACCUACGGACAGCUCAGUAACGGAGACCACCACUUCAUGCACGAUGCUGUCUUCGGCCAGCCCGGGGGCCUGGGGAACAGCAUCUACCAGCACAGGUUCAAUUUCUUCCCCGAAAACCCUGCCUUCUCCGCCUGGGGGACGAGCGGGUCUCAGGGGCAGCAGGCUCAGAGCUCAGCCUACGGGAGCAGCUACACGUACCCGCCGAGCUCCCUGGGUGGCACGAUCGUGGACGGGCAGACGGGCUUCCACAGCGAUACCCUCAACAAGGCCCCCGGCAUGAACAGCCUGGAGCAGGGCAUGGUGGGCCUGAAGAUUGGGGACGUCACCACCUCUGCUGUCAAGACCGUGGGGUCGGUGGUUAGCAGUGUGGCGAUGGCCGGUGUCCUUUCCGGGAAUGGUGGGACAAGCGUGAAUAUGCCGGUUUCAAAGCCGACCUCGUGGGCUGCCAUUGCCAGCAAGCCGGCAAAGCCACAGCCGAAAAUGAAAGCAAAAAGCGGACCUGUCAUUGGGGCAGCCCUGCCCCCGCCACCUAUAAAGCAUAACAUGGACAUCGGCACGUGGGACAACAAAGGGCCUGUGCCCAAGCCUCCGGCCCCCCAGCAGGCACCGGCCCCCCAGCCUGCCCCGCAGCCCCAACCGGUCGUGCAGCCUCUUCCCGCUCAGCCCCCCCCUUUGGCCCAACCGCAGUAUCCGAGCCCUCAGCAGCCACCCCAGACCCGCUGGGUCGCCCCUCGCAACAGAAAUGCGGCGUUCGGGCAGAGCGGAGGGGCCGGCGGCGACGGGAACUCUCCUGGAAGCGCUCAGCCUAAUUCUGCCCCCAGUGUGGAGUCCCACCCCGUUCUGGAAAAACUGAAAGCGGCCCACAGCUAUAACCCUAAGGAGUUUGAUUGGAAUCUUAAGAGCGGCCGCGUGUUCAUCAUAAAGAGCUACUCGGAGGACGACAUCCACCGCUCCAUCAAGUACUCCAUCUGGUGCAGCACGGAGCACGGCAACAAGCGCCUGGACGGUGCCUUCCGCGCCGCCGGCAGCAAGGGGCCCGUGUACCUGCUCUUCAGCGUCAACGGGAGCGGGCACUUCUGCGGGGUGGCCGAGAUGAAGUCGCCCGUGGACUACGGCACCAGCGCGGGGGUCUGGUCUCAGGACAAGUGGAAAGGCAAGUUUGACGUGAAAUGGAUUUUCGUCAAGGACGUGCCCAACAACCAGCUGCGGCACAUCAGGCUGGAGAAUAACGACAACAAGCCGGUCACCAACUCCCGUGACACCCAGGAGGUGCCCUUAGAGAAAGCAAAGCAAGUGCUGAGAAUCAUCGCUUCCUACAAGCACACGACCUCCAUCUUUGACGACUUUUCUCACUACGAGAAGCGUCAGGAGGAGGAGGAGGAGGUGCGCAAGGAACGGCAGAAUCGAAACAAACAAUAA